UCCUGGGGUUGGGAAGGUGGGGCGGGGGCGUCGGCCGUGGCGCCCGGGGUCUUUGAAUUGGAGUCAGCUGGUGGGGGCUGAGCUCCCAGCCCCGCCGGGGCGGAACCCAGCCAAGCCCUGCCCCGCAGCACCUCCCGGGGCCUCCCUUGCAGGCCGGCUGGACCAGGAACUGCCGGCAGGAGCCAAUGAAGGGCCGGGGCUGCAUCGGCGGCACCUCCGGGCUUGACGUGGGAGACGCGUCAAGUUGAGCCGAGCUGAAACGGGCUGCGCCGCUUCCCUCCCGGCGGCUACUCCCCGCGCGGGUCUGCUCCGGCCUCGACUCCCAGCUGGCCCGGGAGCUCGGCUCACCUCUCUAUGCGCCGGGCGGAGAGACAUCGGCGGGCGCCUCUUCUCGCCGGCCAUGGAGCAAACGUACGGCGAAGUGAACCAACUCGGCGGCGUCUUUGUCAACGGGCGGCCGCUGCCCAACGCCAUCCGCCUGCGGAUCGUGGAGCUGGCCCAGCUCGGCAUCCGACCCUGCGACAUCAGCCGGCAGCUGAGGGUGUCCCACGGCUGCGUGAGCAAGAUUUUGGCCCGCUACAACGAGACCGGCUCCAUCCUCCCGGGCGCCAUCGGCGGGAGCAAGCCCCGCGUCACCACCCCCAACGUGGUGAAGCACAUCCGAGACUACAAGCAGGGCGACCCGGGGAUCUUCGCCUGGGAGAUCCGGGACCGCUUGCUGGCCGACGGCGUCUGCGACAAGUACAACGUGCCUUCGGUGAGCUCCAUUAGCCGCAUCCUGAGGAACAAGAUCGGCAGCCUGUCGCAGCCCGGCGCGCCCUACGAGGCGAGCGGCGGCGGCGGCGGCGGCAAGCAACCUGCCCCGCAGCCAGCCCUGCCCUACAACCACAUCUACCAGUACCCUUACCCCAGCGCCGUGUCGGCCUCCGCCGCUAAGAUGGGCGGCCACGCCGGAGCAGCUCCCGUCUCCGCGGCCCACGUCGGCCUCCCGCGCUCCUGGCCCUCGGCGCACUCGGUCAGCAACAUCCUAGGCAUCCGCACCUUCAUGGAGCAGAGCGGUGUUCUAGCUGGGACAGAUGGUUCUGCCUAUCCUCCCAAACUCGAAGACUGGCCAAGUGUGAAUAGAACCACCUUCCCUGCUGCCGGGCAUGGUGUCAAUGCACUUGACAAAUCAGCAGCAGAAGCAGACAUUAAAUACCCCCAGGUAACACCCCCUCCUGGGCUCUCCGCUGUGAGUCCUUUCCUGUCCCCUUGUGCAUAUCCCUCCUCAAACCAACCUGCUGUAUACGGAGGGCCAGGAGGAAGCUACCUAAAUCCAUCUCAUCACCACUGGCAGACCCAAGGUAACCCCCUGGCUCAUCACCACAGCUCUGGAGUAGCAGCUGUUCACGGUGCAGAACUGGCUUCCACUGUGGCUUUCAAACAUCUCUCCAGAGAAGCUGGGGACAGAAAACAGGCCGCCAGUUCCGGGAGCAAAGCUGCAACAGACGCCCUCUCCGGCAUCCACGGACUCUCUGUUCCUGCCUCCUCGUCCUAGGAAGAGAAAGGCGGGAAAACAGCAUCGAAGGCGGGAAGAUUUCGGAAGCGAUUCUCCUUUCUCUCAGAGGCCAGGUUUAAAUCGGGAAAGGCGCGCCGAUGGGGCGGGCUCCAUUGUUUGCCCGCAUUUUCUCACGGAGCCUUCCUGCCCAAACCGUCGCGGAGGAACUGGGCCCGCGAGUUGUCUUCUCUGCGCAGGCGGGGGAAGCGCAAAAACGAACCCAUCUGUUUUCCUCUCGCUGUUGAGAAAUUGAGGAAGGAACAUGUUUUUUUGAUUUACAGAGCCGAGAGUGACCCAAGGAAACCGCGCGCGGUUCAAGAGGUUUUGAUGGUGGAGUGAGGUGGACGGGCUCGUUUAGGUGGUAGACGGUAUUUCUGUCUAGGCAAAGGGCAGAACGAGACAAAAGGUAGAUUUUAAGCAACAGCCUUCCCGUGGAGCGGUGCUUUCUGCCUGAAACGUACUUCGCCUCUAGAAAGGGGGUGAUUUGGAUAUAUAGCUGUUGCUGCGUUUUUGACUUCACUCACAGCAAAGUGCAUUUUGCGUUUCGAGACAAUUACCACUGAAACACUUUCUUCUCUUAGUUACAAAAAAAAAAAAAAAUGAACAUUUUUUUAAAAAGAGCCAGCUAGAUAUUUUCAUUCUAAGAGUUUUUCUCUUAAAUGAAAAGAGCUACUAUCCCAUCUCAUUGCACUCUUCCUAUUUAAAAAAGGCCUUCCGAGAUCAAAUUCUACACAACUGAAUCAAGGUUCGACAGAUGAUCAAUAUAGUUUUUGAACAAUUAUUCAGAUUCCUUCUAAUUUAAUUGUGAAGAGUUUUAGAACUGACAUAUGACAAGGUUCAGUAACUGGCUGUAUCUCAUGUUAAACAAACAAAUUAACCUGAGCUGGCAAAUGAAAAGAAGGACGUUGCUCAGACUAUUAGCAUAGCCUUUCCCUUCUCUUCAUAUUUCCAAAAUGUUUUCCUUGAACAGGUUUCACAAGACUUCAGCCUGAUGUUCCACUCCACUAAAGUCCUGUUUUGCCAGCAUAGACAUGCUGCUAACUACUAAUGCAAAAUGGCAACUCAGUAACAAUCUUUUCUGAUUUUAUAUUUUUGUAACAAACCAAUAAAAUAUGAAUAACAAUCUUC